UUACCAAACCAUUAGCAUGGAAAUUGUCGAUUAGGGUGAUCAGGCACGGUGGUCUUAUGAGCAGGUAUAACUGGUCGGCUAAAUCAUCCAGUCGUUUCAUCCUACACAUCAAGCUUCGUUUUGUCGUCGAAAACCAUGACGGCUAUCGCCGAGUCUGAAAAGAUCAGAAGAUCUUUGAUUCCAAUUUUCAUCUCUUCUUGGAUAUUUGGGGUGCCACGUGUCAGCUACAAGUACACUAGCCGUCUGAUGUACUCGGUUUUAAUCGCGACAGUUUUUGCGACAACGUUCAUCAUGUCGUCGGACGUUCGAUGGCGUGCUGCCAUGACCUAUAACCAUACGUACGCUAUGUUCUACGCCGUUUCACAAAUCGUCACAUUCAUGGGCAGCGUUGGUACAAUCAUAUUUUGGGUCACCAGGGGCGCAAAGACUUUGGAUGAUUCGAUUGUGGAGCUGGGAACGUUGGAUGUCGAAUUAAAGGAUAUCGGCAUCGACGUCAAACACCGAGACGUAUAUCGCAGGCAGAUCAGAUUGCUCGGUUCAUUCUCAAUGAUAUGGCUGGUUAUCAUCGGUCUGCAUGAAUACAUAUUUUCUGCUAUCGGCAUCAACGAUAAAAGCUCGAUAUUAAAAACUGGUUGCCUCUCCUACAGCUCACACAUGCCUAACUUAAUCACAUUAUCCAGCGAACUGGUAUUCUCCACAAUAAUGUUUACCUUGUAUCAAAGAUUCCAGUUGAUCAAUCGUGCUUUAACCGAAAUCGUGAAAAACCGAGAGCAGUCAAGCGAUGGAAUAAUUGCUAUUCAACCUCUGAGAAAUCGACGAGAUCUUUCGAUCAGCAAGGUGAAUCCAACUUUGGAGGAGUUGUUCGUGAGAAUCGAUCGGCUUUACAAGGUUCAUCAGAAGCUUUACCUGAUCACGGAAAAGCUAAGUGUGAAUUUUUCAUGGCAGCUCUACUUCACGGUUUCGACAACCUUCUGCCUCCUCGUCUACAGAUUCCUCGCACUGUAUACACUGGUUUUCAUUCCGUACUCGGAGCUCGGAAGUAGGAUCGGUCUAUCGCUCCUCUGGGUUUUUUACCUUAUGCUGAAAUUCUGGGUGAUCACGUUGAGCUGCUGCAACACCAUCACCGAGGCAAAUACAUUGGGGGUCGUUCUCUACAGGAUUACAAUCGAUAGCGAAUCGUUUCACAGGAUGCUGCAUAGAUACUCGGUCCACCUCCUUCAAAACGAGCUUUUUAUCACGGUCGGUGGUUUCUUCACGAUUGACAAGUCUCUAGUUGGAACGCUCUUUUCCUGUGUUACAACCUACAUGAUAUUCGCCGUCAACGUCUGGAAAGACUCAGAAGCCGAUUCCGCUGAAUCGACGACCGUCUCAGUGUGAUGGAGUAGUUUAAAUCGUUCCUUGAACACGACAUUCACCUUGCUAUUUCAAUUGCGGUGAAUUUCAAUCACGAGUUGCACCAGGUACAUAUAGUUUCCAGAGUGCAUAUGACAAGGUUGAGUCCUCGCCACAUCCCACGGAAUGUAACGGUCUCCGGAUUGGCCAGAGUGCGUUGUAGUUCAGCACUUCGGACUUAUAAACAUAUGGCUUGUUUUUUUCAACAAUAAAGAUUCCACGGUGUGUUCGGCACUCGAUCAGCUCUCCGCAGGAUCCGAAGAAGCGCAUGGUCGCCUGGCUCUUUGGUGGAUAUACCUAAUCAAAGUCCUGCGUAGGAGAGCCCGCAUAAUCGCUCUCUGACACGAUGACACAUAUAAACCCAACUCCUCCUCCAGUCUUGGCGUUGGCUCCAGCCGAGGUUGGCGCCUCGGAUAACGGGGCUCGUUUAUUAAUCGUCUCCGGAUUAUUUACUCGGACAAAGAGCCCGGAAUUUCUGACCCAGGAUGCCGUGCCUGCACGCUCAUAUUCUCGCGACGUAUCGUUGGAUUUUAAUCCUGCGAGUGCCGCUGAAACCUUCCGGCACAUACUCAUUAAUGCUCAGGAAUUCAGAGUCUCGAUCGAAGAAUUCCAGAGCUGAUGGAGAGGAGAUAAUUGAUUGCUUUAUCAACGGCAAAUCGAGGAAUAUUGGAACGUCAACGAAAUUGCAACAAUUAGGUACGGGAUGCUAAUCGAUUUUAU